AUGAAAUUCGACACAAUGCUUGAUGAUAUUCUAAUGCAGCCGAAUGAAAUCGUUAUAUCAGUGCAAUGUUUUCGUUCUGUUGAUCCUCGAUUCUUAUGUUUCGAAAAAAACGAUCUCAUAGAAAUUACUCAACAAACCGCAGAUGGUGGUUUGAUGGGAAGACUUCUCACAUCACCCGACAAAAUUGGUAUCGUUCAGCCGGAAUUCGUACGGAAAUAUCGAAUAUCGUCUUCUUCUUUGCGCAGUUCAUCGCUGAGUCAAAUUAUGUCUUCAAUGCAUUCUAAUGGAACGAGUGGACUAUUAUCACCAGAACGUCAUGACUCGUUGUUAUCAGUUUUCCUUCCAAAAUCGGUUUCUAUUCCUCAUCGUCGUUCGUCAAUGUCGACAGAUAGCAUUAUGUCAGUAAAAAGUCCAAUAUCAGAAGACUACGUUAAUAUUGACAUUGUCGGUCAGCAGUGGUAUCAAGGUUCUUUAGAAAGGCGAGAAUCAGAAAACAGAUUGCGUGGUAUGCCUGAUGGUACUUUCCUUGUUCGGUUCAGUAACACACAGCAAAAAUAUGUAGUAAGCAUAAGUUUUAAUGGCGAUGUAAAACAUACGAAAAUAGAACAAACAUCUGACAGUCGAUUUUAUUUGGAUGAAAGCAAUACUUUUGCUAGUGUCGUUGUGAUUAUCAGAAUUUUAUCAGACUUAUUCACUUUACAAGCUUUGAAAUUUCGAAGUAAAAAAAAAAGAAAUAAUUUGACUGAUAAUUUCCAGGAAUUAAUAAAUUAUUAUCGGGAACAUAAUCUCCGAGAAUCAUUCGAGACUCUGAACACUACGCUUCGACAAGCGUACGUCGCGAAUCGACCCUAUGUUGCCAUUCAUAAUUUCGAAGCGACGAAUUCAAACUUUUUAGAACUGGUUGUUGGGCAACACGUUGAUGUCAUUAGUAGGUUGGGUGAAGAUAGAGGCUGGUGGAAAGGUAGAACGGGCAAUAGGAUUGGUUAUUUUCCGCUUACUUAUGUAGUCCCAGCUGAAUAA